AAGGGCCCGCCUAUAAAUACACGGCUCCACGUCACAACGCGCACACAUAAAGACUCACACACCCGUUCAGCCUUCAGAGCUUCGCCACACUGUCACACCAACUCUAACGACUCAAUUCUGAAGUAUGUCGGACAACUACGACGAACUGCUUCGCAACCUACUUCAGAUCAGCCUGAAAGAUGAUUUUCCUAAACAACACACGAAACCGUCGGUGCCCCGGCAGCUGUCUUCUUGCUUCUCUACGAAGAGCCUCAGCUCAGAGAAACUGAGCGAGGACUCACUCAGCUGGCCGUUCGAUAUCUGGAGCGGGAACGGCCCGAAGAACGUGCCGCAGAAUCCGUUCAGGUCCGACCGGUCGAUGAGUCUGACUGACAACUACCUUCCCAGCGUCCCCAACAACAAAAUGAAGUCACUCGAACUUCCGCCGCCGCCCGGAUUCCCUCCCUUGGCUCCUCAGCCUUCGAACCGGUAUAAGACUGAGCUGUGUCGAAGUUUUCAAGAGAACGGCAGCUGCAAAUAUGGUAGCAAGUGUCAGUUUGCGCACGGCGAGAGCGAGCUCCGAGGCCUCUACCGUCACCCGAAGUACAAAACAGAAGCAUGUCGCACGUUCUACAACUUUGGAUAUUGUCCCUAUGGGAGUCGGUGCCACUUCAUCCACGAGGAGAAGCUUUCCUCUCCGAAAACAUUCAGCCAGAAGACCCAAGCCACUGCCGGCCAGCAAGCGCGAGUUCUUCGCCAGAGUGUGAGCUUCGCCGGUUUCCUCGGCUCUCGCAGUAUCUCCCCACCAGUACCCUACGAAUCCAUGGGCUUCAGCCGUGCGCCUUCAGUGUCUCCUCCACCGGCCGACAUCUUGUCCCCUCUAUUCAACGACACCAGCCGUGACAUGUUCCCCUUCCCGCAGAUCAGAGGUGAAAGUGAAGUCCAUAACCAUCCUCCACUUAAAGAGCCUCAGAAAUCCUCGCACUGUGUGUGGGGCCAAGGAACAAACUUUGAGCCUCUGGUUGGCAAAUGCACCGGGAAGGAGAACAGAAGCAGCGCCUUCGGUUUCAGCCACGGCAGCAUUCAACGCUUCGCUUCAGACGAGUCCCUCUCAGACCACGAGAGCUACAGCAGCACAGGGAGCUCGAGUGGCUCUGAAUCUCCCACCUUCGAAAACGCAGCCAACAAACGCCUAACAGUUUUUGCUCGCAUGUCUGUUUCCGAGUGAUUUUUUUUAUUCGUAUUUUUUUUUCAAAGGACAUUUUACAAAUCACAAACUUUUCCAAAGAUUCUUUAUUACAACAAUAAUAUGCUUAUUUAUUUGCUUUAAUUACUGGCCAUAGGAAAAUGUAUUUCCAUACACAUGCAGUCUAAAGCUAUGUUUUUUUUAUUUUUUUUUAUUUGUUGUUAUCGCAUUUAUGUAGUUUGUACCGUUGUGUCUUCCACUCGCUUACGGUAGAUUUCACCCACAGACAAGUCGGUCAAAUGUAUCAGGUGGCGCAUUAGUGCUACUGACGUAAGCAGAGUUUGUGUCUGUGCCCGUUCUACACAAUCAGUUGACACAAAUGAGAUUUAUAGGCUACUCAACCAGCAAUGUGAUGAACCUGAAAUGAUAGCUAUUACAUGUACUCACUAAGAAAUGCACUUUACCUCGACUGGGAGAUAUGUAGCAUUUAACCAAAGCAUUAUGAUCUUAUGUGCCUAUUGUGAAAUAAUGGCUUGGAUCUUGACAGCCUUUUGGUAAAACCUCCCUCAAUUAUAAUUUACACACAACAAAAUGUAAACAAAAGGUGUUUUGUUGUUGUUGAUUUUUUUUUUUUUUUUUUUUAAUAAGACAAGACCUGCCAGACUGUCUUGUGUUGUUUAUCAGGGACUGUAUCUUUACAGUGUUUCCGUAGUUUAGGAUGCCAUUGUUUUAUAAUUGUAUAGACUUAACCAAUGUAUUUAUUAAGUAUUUAUUAAAAUAAUAGCGAUGUAUUUUUUACUUAUUUAUCAACACACAUUGUUGGGGUAUUAAAAAACAGAAUAAUAGAUAUCAUAAUUUCCCCAAAAUUUAUUAAAUAAAUUAUGUGGAAAAAUUA